CGCGGGACUGUUUAGGUUACAUUUAACCCAUUCCUUAUUUACAGCUCGCAUGCUAAAGUUAGCAUUAAGCUAGUUUAACAACGUACUGUUUCCUGUUAACUUCUAUGUUUGGUAUUUUAUUCACCUAAAUGUCGACCGAAGCGAAGCGACUCAAGGUCGAUGAUGGCUUGGAGCUUAGUCCUUUGCAGAACUUUCUAAACUGGUGCAACACAGUUGGUCUGGUCCUCAGUGAUAAAGUGUAUGUGAGUAGAGAUGGGACUGUGGCUGAGUAUGGGAUGUUGGCGAAAGAAGACAUAGGAGGGGAGGUUUUAUUCACUAUCCCCAGAUCAGCUCUUCUGCACCAGGGAACAACUCAGAUCUCUGCCCUUCUGGAGCGAGAGAAAAGAACCCUGCAGAGUUCAUCAGGCUGGGUUCCUCUGCUGCUGACUCUACUGUACGAGUACACGUCCACUCAGUCCCACUGGAAGCCUUAUCUGUCUCUGUGGACAGACUUCAGGAAACUGGACCACCCCAUGUUCUGGUCCAAAGAGGAAAGAGACAGACUGUUGAGGGGAACUGGAAUCCCAGAGGCGGUCGACAGAGAUCUGACUAACAUCCAGAGAGAAUACACAGACGUGGUUCUUCCGUUCAUCACCAAACAUCCUGAUCUGUGGAACCCACAGGUCCACACGCUGGAGCGGUACACACAGCUGGUGGCCUUCGUGAUGGCGUACAGUUUCCAAGAGCCACUGGAAGAUGAUGAUGAUGAAGAGGAGGAGGAGGACCCCGAACCUCCAAUGAUGGUUCCCAUGGCUGACAUGCUCAACCACAUAUCAAAUCAUAACGCUAACCUGGAGUUCACCCCGGACAGUUUGAAGAUGGUUUGUGUGCGUCCCAUUCAUAAAGGUGAAGAAGUGUUUAACACCUACGGGCAGAUGGCCAACUGGCAGCUGCUGCACAUGUACGGGUUCACCGAGCCGUAUCCUAGCAACAGUAACGACACCGCCGACAUCCCGCCUCCAACCUCUACAAAGCUUUACAGAGUGAGUAGAUUAAGUGUUGAGUGUGGUUUCCAUUGGCCACAGGUGGAGGAGAAGGUGGAGAUGCUGGGUCAGAUAAUGCAGGACAAAGGGGUGUUUGUGUUUGGGAAACAGGGCUGCCUCACAGACACAGACCUCCACACAGCUCUGAAGGUGCUGUCCAUGUCACAGGACGAGUUCUCAGAGUUCAAAGAAAACGAAGGAUGGGAGGAAGAGGAGGACGAUGAAGACGCACGGAUCUGCCAGGCCUUCUCCAACGAGGGGCUUCCUGAACUGAAGGCGCCAUGGAAACGGCUGCUCCACGAAGCCGCCCGGCUGACCCUGAGGUCAUAUACGGACGGAGGCGGGGGGACGAGGACGGAGGGAAAGACCGAGGACGGAGACCGCAGGCUGAUGGAGGACGGAGACCGCAGGCUGAUGGAGGACGGAGCGGCUGUGGCGAAACUGAGUACGAGACAACGGAACGCUCUGCAGGUACGACACGGACAGAAGGACAUCCUGUACAGACUGAUGGAGCUAACCAACAGGACAGAAGGAGACAGGACACAAGGACAGGAGGACACAAGGACACAGGACAGAAGGACACAAGGACAGAAGGACACAGGACAGAAGGACACAAGGACACAGGACAGAAGGACACAGGACAGAAGGACACAAGGACACAGGACAAGGACACAGGACAGAAGGACACAAGGACACAAGGACAGAAGGACACAAGGACAGAAGGACACAGGACACAUGGACAUCCUGUACAGACUAAUGGAGCUCACCACUGUAUGA